AUGUACACCACGUCGUUCGCCUUUUUCGAGGCCAUUGCCGAUGCAGGCGUUUCGCACUGCUUCGUCAACUUGGGUUCCGACCACCCCAGCAUCAUCGAGGCCAUGGUGCAGAUGAAGUCGAAUCCCAAGUUUCCGCGCAUCAUUACCUGCCCGAGUGAGAUGGUUGCCAUGUCCAUGGCCGAUGGCUACGCCCGACUCACUGGCAAGGCCCAGUGCGUCAUCAUUCACGUCGACGUCGGUACUCAGGCUCUGGGUGUCGCCGUCCACAACGCCUCCAGCGGGCGCGCUCCCGUGCUUGUCUUCGCGGGCCUGUCACCUUUUACUCUCGAGGGUGAGCUGCGCGGCUCUCGCAGCGAGUUCAUUCACUGGCUCCAAGAUGUCCCCGAUCAGCGUGCCAUUGUCGCGCAGUACUGCCGGUACACGAAUGAGAUCAGGACGGGCGUGAACGUGAAGCAAAUGGUCAACCGCGCGUUGCAGUUUGCCACCAGCUCGCCGCAGGGGCCUGUUUAUCUGUGCGCAGGUCGUGAGGUUCUUGAGGCCGACAUCGAGCCGUAUGAGAUGGCCCUUGGCCAGAAGUACUGGGAUCCGAUCGAGCUGGGAGGCUUGCCGCCGAGGGGCGCCAGCAGAAUCGCCGAGGCUCUGGCUGGUGCGUCGAAGCCGUUGGUCGUGACGGGAUUCUCGGGCCGCAACCAUGGUAUCCCCAAGGCUCUCGUGGAGUUGGCCGACACGGUCAAGGCCCUGCGCGUGCUCGACAUGGCUGGCAGCGACAUGUGCUUCCCCGCUGACCACCCUGCGUGGUUGGGUGUCAAGCAGGGCGCGGACGACUCUAUCCCUGAGGCCGAUGUUAUCUUGGUGCUGGACUGCGACGUGCCGUGGAUCCAGACGCUUUGCAAGCCUCGGCCGGAUGCCGUCGUUUUCCAUGUCGAUGUCGACCCUCUCAAGCAGCGGAUGCCGCUCUUCUACAUCCAGUCCGAUGCUAGGUAUCAGGCCGAUGCCCUGCUCUCAGUGCAACAAAUCAUUGAGAACCUGCGCCAUCCAGACAGUGAAGCUGCCAAGCUGCUCAGCUCACAGGACCUCGUCGCCGCGGAAGCUGCUCGGAAGGAGUCCUACGCCGCAAAGAUCGAAGGCAUCGAGCGCGCGGCGGCCGCGUUCCCCGACGGCACCUUCGGUACAGCACAUCUCAGCAAAACUCUGAGAUCCGUCUGCCCGGAGGACACCAUCUGGGCGGUCGAGGCCGUCACCAACACGGGAUUCAUCCACUCCAACGUGCGCCCGACGCGGCCCGGCUCCUGGAUCAACUGCGGCGGCGGCGGUCUGGGCUGGUCUGGUGGCGGCGCCUUGGGCAUCAAGCUCGCAGCCGACGCCGAGGGCAGCAAGCAGUUUGUCUGCCAAAUCGUCGGCGAUGGCACGUAUCUGUUCUCCAUUCCGGGGAGUGUGUACUGGAUCUCCAAGCGAUACAAGAUCCCCGUGCUGACGAUUGUGCUCAACAACAACGGCUGGAACGCACCGCGCAAGUCGUACAACCUGGUGCACCCCGGAGGCGAGGCGUCCAAGGUCUCCAACGAGGACAUAAACAUCUCGUUCGCCCCACCGCCGGAUUACGCCGGCAUCGCGGCGGCUGCUGGAUCCGGAGAGGUCCACGCGCUGAAGGUCGAGACGGCUGACAAGCUCGAGGCGGUGCUCAAGGAUGCGGUCGCCAAGGUGCAAGCCGGAAGGACAACUGUCGUGGAUUGCCGAGUCGUGCUCGACUGCUGA